AUGAAUGCUUGUGAAGUGUUGAACCCAGUCAUUUUGAAGCUUGAAUCUGCCCUACAAACACUGGAAUCUGAACCAGUCCUAGUCAGAGUUGUUGAAUCUGACCUACAAACACUGGAAUCUGACCUACAAACACUGGAAUCUGACCUACAAACACUGGAUUCUGAACUAGUCCUAGUCAGAGUUGUUGAAUCUGACCUACAAACACUGGAAUCUGACCUACAAACACUGGAAUCUGAACCAGUCCUAGUGAGAGUUGAAUCUGACCUACAAACACUGGAAUCUGAACUAGUCCUAGUCAGAGUUGUUGAAUCUGCCCUACAAACACUGGAAUCUGACCUACAAACACUGGAAUCUGAACCAGUCCUAGUCAGUGUUGUUGAAUCUGACCUACAAACACUGGAAUCUGAACCAGUCCUAGUCAGAGUUGUUGAAUCUGACCUACAAACACUGGAAUCUGAACUAGUCCUAGUCAGAGUUGUUGAAUCUGACCUACAAACACUGGAAUCUGAACUAGUCCUAGUCAGUGUUGUUGAAUCUGCCCUACAAACACUGGAAUCUGAACCAGUCCUAGUCAGUGUUGUUGAAUCUGACCUACAAACACUGGAAUCUGAACUAGUCCUAGUCAGAGUUGUUGAAUCUGCCCUACAAACACUGGAAUCUGAACCAGUCCUAGUCAGAGUUGUUGAAUCUGCCCUACAAACACUGGAAUCUGCCCUACAAACACUGGAAUCUGACCUACAAACACUGGAAUCUGAACCAGUCCUAGUGAGAGUUGUUGAAUCUGCCCUACAAACACUGGAAUCUGAACCAGUCCUAGUCAGAGUUGUUGAAUCUGACCUACAAACACUGGAAUCUGAACUAGUCCUAGAGUUGUUGAAUCUGACCUACAAACACUGGAAUCUGAACCAGUCCUAUCCUAGAGUUGUUGAAUCUGCCCUACAAACACUGGAAUCUGAACUAGUCCUAGUCAGAGUUGUUGAAUCUGCCCUACAAACACUGGAAUCUGCCCUACAAACACUGGAAUCUGAACUAGUCCUAGUCAGAGUUGUUGAAUCUGACCUACAAACACUGGAAUCUGAACUAUUCCUAGUCAGAGUUGUUGAAUCUUCCCUACAAACACUGGAAUCUGAACUAGUCCUAGUCAGAGUUGUUGAAUCUGCCCUACAAACACUGGAAUCUGAACUAGUUCUAGACAGAGUUGUUGAAUCUGACCUACAAACACUGGAAUCUGAACUAGUCCUAGUCAGAGUUGUUGAAUCUGACCUACAAACACUGGAAUCUAAACCAGUCCUAGUCAGAGUUGUUGAAUCUGACCUACAAACACUGGAAUCUGAACCAGUCCUAGUCAGAGUUGUUGAAUCUACCCUACAAACACUGGAAUCUGAACCAGUCCUAGUCAGAGUUGUUGAAUCUGACCUACAAACACUGGAAUCUGAACCAGUCCUAGUCAGUGUUGUUGAAUCUGCCCUACAAACACUGGAAUCUGAACCAGUCCUAGUGAGAGUUGUUGAAUCUGACCUACAAACACUGGAAUCUGAACCAGUCCUAGUCAGAGUUGUUGAAUCUGCCCUACAAACACUGGAAUCUGAACCAGUCCUAGUCAGAGUUGUUGAAUCUGCCCUACAAACACUGGAAUCUGAACCAGUCCUAGUGAGAGUUGUUGAAUCUGACCUACAAACACUGGAAUCUGAACUAGUCCUAGUCAGAGUUGUUGAAUCUGCCCUACAAACACUGGAAUCUGAACCAGUCCUAGUCAGAGUUGUUGAAUCUGACCUACAAACACUGGAAUCUGAACCAGUCCUAGUCAGAGUUGUUGAAUCUGACCUACAAACACUGGAAUCUGAACCAGUCCUAGUCAGAGUUGUUGAAUCUGACCUACAAACACUGGAAUCUGAACCAGUCCUAGUCAGAGUUGUUGAAUCUGACCUACAAACACUGGAAUCUGAACCAGUCCUAGUGAGAGUUGUUGAAUCUGACCUACAAACACUGGAAUCUGAACUAGUCCUAGUCAGAGUUGUUGAAUCUGACCUACAAACACUGGAAUCUGAACCAGUCCUAGUCAGAGUUGUUGAAUCUGCCCUACAAACACUGGAAUCUGAACUAGUCCUAGUCAGAGUUGCUGACCAUCCAUAA